AUGCAGCAAACCCCAAAUGUCGACGAUGCGAACGAAGCACAGGCUAUCGCAGAUGCUUUUAGAGAUUUUGUACGUGUCCAUCAGGUCCUUUUGAACAUUCUCAUUGGCAAGGCUGGCCUCUUUCAAACUGUUCCAUUCAUUGGAGCGCCGAUAGCUGCUGUGCUUCGCCAAGUGGAGAACAUUGUUGAUACGAUCGCCUUUGGGCUCAUCGAUAGGGUUCAAAGCCAGGCAACCGAGCUUACCAACCAGGCGCAGUCUCUUAGUAUGACCUUGAAAACAACCAUUGAUAGCUAUGAUGGUAUGAAUAUGCGCAAACGAGCAAUCAGCUUCAAAUCUUGA